AUGUUAGGAGGGUUCUAUGAAGAUGUGGCAUCCAUCACCAAAGGUUGGCAAGCUAAUGCGGUUGAGUUUGACUCACUGUUCAAUCGUACUCUGCGUGGUUGGGCCUGGGGAACGCACGAGGUGGUGCAACUUUUUGGUCAUGGUCGUUCUGGUUUCGUGAAAAUCGAAAGUUCCCCGGACGAGCUGGGCGAUUUGACGAAACACAAUAUGACGGAACUGGACACAUGGGUGGUCGAACGAUUCAUUGAAUCAUUGAAAGACGACAAAUCCGGUUUCUUUUCACAAAACUCGACGGGACUUCUCGAGGAGGAUCAAAUGCGUCGUGGUCAUUUGGCGUUUUUGCAUUUGGAUGCGGCCGAUCACGUAGGUCACUCAUUCAAACCCUCUUCAGAAGAAUACCGUGAAAUGGUACGCCAUCUGGACACUCUUAUUGCACGUGUUGUCGAGGCUGUCAAUCAGUCCCAAGGAUCGAACCGAGUGGCAUUCGUGUUCACGGCGGAUCAUGGGAUGACUGAAUGGGGAAGUCAUGGAGCCGGUUCCUUGCAUGAAACCGUGACCCCAUUACUUGUUUGGGGUGCCGGUUUGGCCGGACCAGAGAUAAUUCCCAAACCGGUGCAGUCGAACGAGGUGGAUCAGUAUGGUCUACCAGUGCACAGUUAUGAACGCCGUCGACGGGAAUUAAAGCAAGCGGAUCUGUGUCCACUCAUGGCUGGUCUGCUCGGUGUGCCAAUCCCCUUGAACUCAGUGGGUCGCGUCCCAUUGGAAUUUCUCGCACUGAACGACUCAGAUCACGCUCAUUUGGUUCGUUCCAAUUGCAUUCAGAUAUUGAAUCAGCUCAGAGAGAAGCGAAAUGAAAAGAAAAAACGUCCAUGGUUUUUCAGAGAAUACGAGCUAUUGACCGCUGCGGAUGUUGAGAAACGUGUCACUUCAGCUGAGGCACUACUAACGCAAGGCAGGUUCACCGACGCAAUCGUUCAAUUCGAGGAACUCACUGAUUUGGCUACUUCCGGGCUUAAUUACUAUCACAAAUAUGAUCGGCCUUUUCUAGG